GCGACCGUCUCCCCGUAGCCGGGGGCGCAUCCGUGCUGCCCCACACUGUCACUCCCGUUUCGUUACCAAACAAGUCGGAGCGCGUUUAGGACCAGAGCCCACUGCCACCGGCAUCUUUCUCCAACAGACGGAGCUACAUUCAGAAGGUGGACUGUUCUGCAAUUCGUGCAGAAUAGGGCCACAGCCAGGAGCCCAGCGCACGCCUGAGUGACCACAGCUUCACCGCCAAGCCAAGCAGAGUCCCUGGGAGCACCACCACAGCGGACCCAACACACCAGGCUAAAAAUGCCACUUUUUGGCUGGAUGAAGUGGCCAAAAUAUGAUUCCUACAAACCCACACACUACCCUGGCUCCGAAGCCGUGACGAAGACUCUGCUUCGGGAACUGAAGUGGCAUCUGCAGGAGCGAGAGAGAUUAAUACAAGAGAUCGAAAAUGAACAGAAAGUGAGAAAAACAGGUGUGGAUUACAGCUGGCUGAGAAACUACCAGAAUCCCUACACGACCAUCCCAGCUACCGAACAAAGACAACUUGAAGUCCUUUGCUCCCAAGUUCAGCCUUGUCAAACUGGAACUAUUCUCAGCAGAUUUCGAGAAGUUUUAGCAGAAAACGAUGUGCUGCCAUGGGAAAUAGUCUACAUCUUCAAGCAAGUUCUGAAAGACUUCCUAACCAGUCCUAGCAAAGGUAACCAGCAAGAAGGCCCAGAAGAGUCAGGGGACACAGACUGUCCUGUUCCGUCUGUGAUCCUGGGCACAAGCUCCAGGAGUUCCGAUAAAGACGAAAUACCCACGAUUUCCAGCUACGUGGACAAAACCACAAAGAACAAGUUCCCAGUGUUCUCACAUAGAAUAUGGAACCUACCCUAUUAUUACCCAUCGAGUUAAGUUACUUAUAACCGGAAGAGUUUUUAUGGCCCUCUUUAGAAGAAUUCUUAGUAUUAAGAAUAUGAAAAAGUGAUGUGAUUUCACGUUUCUCUGUUGCAAAGUCAGAUGUUAAGUCGUGUUUAACUGCGCGUCCCAUGUUUUAAAUAGUGUCCCGUUUUUACCCACUCUAAGAAUGCGAUGUUUCAUUGAACUGUAUACUUUUAACUAAAAUGAUUCCUAAACAUUUUGAAAAAAAUGUUUGAAGUAUUUUCUUAUACUUCAAACACCUCACAGGAACAAGUAUGAAACUGGACAAAUUCUGUGUGAAAAUUAGACAUUAACCUUUUAUUCUGAAGCUACGCAGAGAAUAAAACAAGUGACUGAU